AUGAUUGGAUAUAUGCUUGCUUGUGGUGUCUCGGAUCAAAGCGUGAUUUACAACAGAGGGAAAAAUGCCGAAAAAAAUGACCCCAUACCCAUCGUCGGUGUAGUUCGACAUCCCAGUUUCCAGGGUAAUUAUGCGGUAGUCGCUCGGGAAAUCGCUCACAUAUUAGGAAGCUCUUACAACACUCCUUGGUACGCUUUCAACAACUGCAAUGGGAUCAUGAACAAAUUUGUGCGACCUGAUAACUGGCCGUUGGAUUGGUCGGCGUGUAACAUUGAUGACAUGUCUCUAUACUUCAGUCUUAAUCAAUCGUCAGGAUUUUCAACAAGGAAAAAUUUUAGAGCACUUAACUCGAAGCUUUGGUAA